CGGGGCGGCGCAGUCGCAGAACGUGCGAUGAGGGGUCGAAAAAGCGCAUCCGAUUCUUGAAUGGUUUCUGGACCCCACCGGUGUUUUCGACGGAAACGCGAGGAGCUACUGUUACUCCGGGAAGACGUGGAAGUUCAGAAUGGCAGAACGAGCCAAUAACUUUCCCCCCCUGCCCAAGUUUAUAAAAGUAAAGCCAUGUUUUUACCAGAAUAUUGAAGAAGAAAUACCUGCCCCCCACCAGUUGUUGGUGCGCAGAGUCUACAUCCUUUGGAUGAUGUAUUCAGGCACAUUGUGCGUAAAUGUGAUCGGGUGUAUUGCUUGGUGGGCCGGAGGUGGAAAUGCCACAAACUUUGGCUUCUCUCUGCUCUGGCUCAUCCUUUUCUGCCCAUGUAGUUACACCUGCUGGUUCAGACCACUCUACAAAGCUUUAAGGGCUGACAGUUCAUUCAACUUCAUGGCCUUCUUCUUCAUCUUCUUCCUUCAGUGUGUCUUGGCCCUCAUCCAGGCCAUAGGCAUCUCUGGUUGGGGAACAUGCGGCUGGAUUGCAACAGUGAUGUUUUUCCACCAAAAUUUGGGCUCUGCUAUAGUGAUGCUUAUCACAACUCUGCUCUUCACUCUGGUGACUGCUUUAAUGGUACUGGUUCUCAUUAAGGUGCACAGACUGUACCGUGGUGGUGGCGGUAGUAUGCAGCGCGCUCAGGAAGAGUGGAGCACCGGGGUGUGGAAGAGCGCACCCGUGAGGGAAGCGGGGUUCAACGCUGUUGCUCAGAAUGUCCAAGGACCAAGUUUGCCACAGUACCCCACCGCAGUGCCCAGCUAUCCUGAUAACAGUCAGUGGUGAUGGCUAAGAAUCACCUCUAGGGGGAGACAGAUAACUGGCAGAUUAAAUAAUGUUCAAGGAAGCGCUUCAAAAUGCCAUAUCAUGUAACCUUUACAUUUCAAAUUAUAUAGGUGUGUCUUUUAUGAAAGGACAGGAGAGUUUUAUCAGAGAGCCUCUCCACAUGGGGUAGAGGAUUAUCUUUAAAAUAUGCCAUUCCAUUUCAACUUUGUUUACAUACAGUCCUUAAAAAUGAAUGAUUCAAUUGGAAAUUCAAAAAGAGCAAACCUUUCAUGAUAGUAGUGUGUGAGAGAUGUGUGCCUUAUGGACCUCUAUGAAGGAAUUGUUUUUGUGUAUUGCCAGAGCUGCAUGCUAGAAAUAGUGGUAUACAGAAGAGCGGGGUGUUUUUUUUUUUUUUCUUUUUCAACAAGAGUGUCUGCAAACUGGUCAAAAUCUUUUUUUUGUUGUGUAUUUGGGCAAAAAAUGAGCUUAUUUUUGAUGGUCUGCUUGAUAUGUCCAUGCUUGCCUGUGAUGUAUCGAAAUGCGCCUUAUUAUUGUGUGCAGAUUUUUGCAUGUUUAAAAAAAAGAGAGUUCCUGACAGCCUGACUUUUUGCCUUAACAAACACUAUUUACUUAAUUUUUUUUGUAAAACUGCUUCAGUGAAGCAGCUCUCCUGUGUGAUUUGUCAUUGAGCCAAAACACUUUCCACUUGUGUGACACGGGAAGAAAAAAAAAAAGUCACAUCCAAAGUACAUGCUGUGUUUUACUCCGCCUCAGUAUUUCUCAGUUUCUGUUGUUUCAAAACUACAGCUUUUGCUUUUAGUGGUCAGCAUCCUGCAGUGAAAGCACCUUAUCAGCUGUUGUCAAUGCUCACUUUCACUUUCCCCUAAUAGACUGAAUUAUUGUGUUUGGGGCAUCACAGUGUGCUUGCAUGCAGCCUGCUGUGGGAUUCUGAAUGAAGGCUCUCUUAUUACCAAUGAACUGACGUCAUGAAAACAGUAGAAGCAGGUACAAACCACUGGCUGAGUGAACCCUUGCAUGCAGAUGUGGUAACAUAUUGUUUAAACACUAUCAGAUAUGACUGAAUUCAUUCCUAUAGAUGCUUGCUGGAAAGUCUUAUUUAAAGCAAUUAAUGUGAUUUUUUUUUUUCUUUUAUAUAUAUGCUGGUAAUGCAACACUGUUGAUUCAGAUAAAGCCUGUAUGCAGUAAAAGCCCUGUCAUAGACAAAGGUUUCUCACUCAGAUACUGUACAUGACUGAUUUUACUUUUCAUGUUAUUGAAGUGCCCUUCAUGGCCAACUGCCACGUUUAGUAUUUUGAUUUUUCUGUUAUUUGAUAAGUGACAAAUAAAAUGGAUAUAUUAAAAUAACCAUUAAAUAUUGCAGCAUU